AUGCCUCCUCACCACUUUCCGUCCAUCAAACUCCCUUCAAAACCGAAAUUUCUUCGGACAAUCCCCUCAAACAGCAUUCGAAUCAUUGCCAUUCUCAUCGUCGUGAACAUUUUUGUCUGGACCGCCGUCGCCAUUGUCCUGCGCUUCCACACGGCACUCAUCUCUCCAGCUGCGCUUUCAUACGCCCUGGGCCUUCGCCAUGCCCUCGAUGCAGACCACAUCUCUGCCAUUGAUCUCAUGACGAGGCGGCUUAUAGCAUCGGGACAGCGACCGGCCACUGUAGGAACGUUUUUCUCGCUCGGACAUAGCACCAUUGUCAUCAUUACGUGCAUUGUUGUGGCGGCGACUAGUGGCGCUUUGAGGAAGCGCUUCGAUGGCUUUCAGAGGAUAGGAAACAUUAUUGGUACGAGCGUCAGUGCGGCCGUGCUAAUCAUUUUGUGUUUGGGGAAUGGCUGGGUGCUCUAUAAGCUUGUGAAGAGAUUGAAAGAGGUUCUCGCAGAGCGGAGGCGCAUUGUGAGUGAGGGCGAUGGCGAUGAAUCUCUGAACGACGAGGAUGGUGAUGCUACUGCGAUGCAAACCAACGAUCAGUUUCAACUGGAAGGCGGUGGUUUUCUGAUACGCUCUCUGAAGUUUCUUUUCAAGACGAUUGACCGGCCGUGGAAGAUGUAUCCGCUUGGAGUUGUGUUUGGCCUUGGCUUUGAUACGAGCUCUGAGAUUGCCGUUUUGGGAAUUGCGAGUAUACAAGCUGUGCAGGGGACGAGCAUCUGGCUGAUUCUCAUUUUUCCUAUUCUUUUUACGUCUGGCAUGUGCCUUGUUGAUAGCACUGAUGGCGCUCUUAUGAUGGCGCUGUAUACAUCAAAGGCUUUUUCGCGAGACACAGUCGCGAUUUUAUACUACUCCAUCGUCCUCACCGGCAUUACCGUCGUGGUCGCUGCUUUUAUUGGCAUCAUCCAGGUUCUGUCGCUGGCGCAGAAUGUGGCCAACCCAAGCGGCAAGUUCUGGGACGGCGUGUCAGCUAUUGGGGAUCACUUUGACAUUAUUGGCGGGAGCAUCUGCGGCCUGUUUGUUAUUGUUGGCAUUGGGUCUGUUUUGUUCUAUGGGCCGUGGAGGAGGCGCAUGGAGCGGAGGGCUCAGGCGGUGCUGGUUGUAGAGGCGAGUGGUGAUGUGGAAGCUGAAGGAGGGGCAUUAUCGAGAGACUUGGAGGAGCAGGAUCCUGAUUCGAAAACAGCGAGCAAUAAAGUAGCUGUCGCGAGUAGUAGUCAUUGA